AUCCUCUCUGCACACACGACACCGUCCGGCGCACCGCAGCGCCUCGCACUCUUCGCCUCGCCUUUGCUUGAGGCUGCCGCCGCCGGCUGCUGCUGCGCGUGUUUUGUGCUGCUGCUGCCGCCGCCUGCUGGCGCUGCACCCUCGCCCUCGGCGCCAACCCCGCACUUCUCGGCCCGCCGCGCCGCGCUUCCCGCCCACUCCCACAGCAGCGAGCGCGUCGCGCGCCUCCUGACUGCGCGCAGCCUCACUCCGCACUCCCACCCCUGACUCGACCCUCGACUGCGCGCCGCGGCUCACAGCUCGUAGCUGCUGCAGCGCACAGCGGCCAUGUCGAGCAGCGCCACGGCUGUCGAGGAGAAGGCACCGCGCCCGCCGCAGCCGCAGCCGCCGGCAGCGGCGAAGCGCAGCGCCUCGGCCAGCUCGUCGGGCGCCGACGGCGACGAGGCACAGCGAGAACUGAAGCGCACAAGGCCGAUCAAGGCGUGCCAGGCGUGCCGCGCCAAGAAGGUCAAGUGCAUCCUCAAGCCUGACGAGCCCGUGUGCGAGCAGUGCGCGGCGAGCGGCAAGACGUGCCUCUUCCGCGUUGACGACCUCUGCCCGACGCUGCGCCGCGAGCGCUUCGCCGCGUACGGCCCGCCCGGCAAGAAUGCGCGCACGAUCGCCGGCAAGAAGGGCGGCAAGAAGGGGCGUCCUGACUCGAGCGGCGCUGACGAGCCGGAAGACGCCGACGAUGCGCAGGCGCGCCAGCGCCGCAAGACAGACGCCGAGGACAGCCGCCUCGCCGCCAACGGCAAGCCGGCCAAGGCCAAGGCCGUGUUCCGCUCUUUUGCGAACCCGACAAACCUGGCUGCGCCGUCGGCAGGCCCGCUGAAGCGCGAGGAGCCGCAGCAGCAGGUGCAUCCCGCUUACGAGCCGCCCUUUGUGCACCCCGCCGAGCGGCCGUCGCCGGUGCAGCAGCACGCGCACACGCUGCCCAUGGGCCACUACCGCUCCGCGUCGCAGCACUCGCAGGGCUCGGCGCACUCGAUGCAGCGCCCGCCGCUGCCGCACACAUCGUCGGGCAGCUCGAGCGGCGCCAUGUACUCGCCGUCGGAGCCGCCGCAGAUGCUGCCGUCCUUCCGGCUUGCCUUCUCUGGCGCCAGCGGCUCGCAUGCGCCGCACGCCGGCUACUCGGACGCACGCGGCGAGGCGCCGCGCCGCACGUCGUUCUUUGCCGCCUCGCCGCCGGCCAGCUCGCUGCGCAGCACCGGCGUCGAGGCGCGCGACUUUGCCGCGUCGCCGCCUGGCGUGCACCACGACGGCGCCGGCGGCCAGGCCUUUUCGCCUGUAUCGCGCUGGUAUGCGCACCCCGAGCGGCAGCCUGGCGAGGCGUUUCCCGAGUUUGCGUCGCCGAGCCCGGGCAAGUGGCAGCGCGCCCCGAGCUUCUCGAGCAACAUUGGCGCACCAUCGCCGGGCACGUGGGCCAUGUCGACCUUCAUCGCCGGCGCUACACCGGGGCACGAGCCGCCGCGUAGCGAUGUGGAUGAGCACCGCGCGGCGCCCGCACGGCCGGCGGAGCGUUUCGGCGCGCCGCCAGGCUCUGCCGACUCGACGAGCGCAGUAGUACGCGCGCCGCUACGCGAGAUGCCGCCGCCGGAGCGGCCUGGCAGCUCGGGCAUGCGCGUGCCAGGCCGGCCCAUUGGCGCCGCCGACGACGCGCGCCCAACAUUCAUCGUCGACACGCCGCAGGAGGACGAUGAGGAGAUUGACGGCGAUGCGCUGCGGCGGCAGCGCGCGCCGGGCGUCAAGAAGAUCGCGCUGCCCUUCUUCCGCUGGUUCGGCGCGACUGCCAACACGCCGGGCAUCCGGCGCAUCAAGGUCGGCGUCUACCACGAGGCGGACCUCGAUCUGCAGGAAGAGAGCGCCGCAGCGACGCCCGCCGCAGGUCUCCCUGCGCCGGCCACGGCCGCAGCAUCGCCGCCCGACGCUGAGCGCGGCGGGCCUCGCUCCGUCGAGACGCUCUUCAACACGCCGCGUGACAAUGCGCCUGGCAUGUCCGUGUCGCCGCAGGCCACGGGCGCCAGCCAGGCCGGCGCUGCCUCGUCGUCGCAUCGGCCACGCGAGUGGGGCCGCGCCGGCGGCGCUGAGUCGACGGUCUCGGCGAGCACGCGCGAGCUCUUCGAGCCUGACCGUCCCAGAUACCCUCGGCGCGCCCUCCUACAGGAGCUCGUGCCGCUCUUCCUUCGCUACUUCCGCUGCAGCUUCUUCCCGUGGCUCGACAGCGAGGAACUCUUGGCGCUCGUACACUCGUCCGAGAUGCCGGCGCUGCUGGCCAACGCCAUCUGCGCUGUGACAGCACGCUUCUCGACCCGUCCCGAGCUCAUUGCACGCGGCGCAGCCAAGUCGUGCGGCGAGCCGUUUGCCGAGAUGGCCAAGAUUCUCCUUGUGCCGAUGCUGUCCUGGCCGAGCAUCGACGUCAUCGAGGCGCUCGUCAUCCUGAGCUACUCGGAAUUCGGCGCCGGCGCCGAUGCGGGCCUGUGGAUGUACGUCGGCAUGGCGCUGCGCAUGUCCGUCGACCUCGGCCUGCAGCACGAGGCGACCGUCGCGAGCAUGGCCAACGCACGGCAGCAGGAGCGCGCGCGCUGGCUGUUCUGGAGCGUCAUCUGCCUCGACCGCAUUACGACGUUCGGCACGGGCCGGCCGGUCACCAUGCGCGAGGACGAGUUUGACCUCGUGCUGCCGCCGCUGACCGAGGAUGCGCAGUCGAACCUCUUUGUCGCCGGGCACAUCGUGCGCUGCCUGCUGCGCCGCGGACGCAUCGGCGACCUGCUCAACCGCGCCGACGACAUUGCGCCGCAGGAGCGCGGCAAGCGCCUGCACGCGCUGUGGACAGACCUCGUCGAGUACUACGACUCGCUCCCGCAGCCGCUGCACUUUUCCGUCUCCACGUUCCAGCGCGCCAUGACGGCGGACCAGGGCCCGGCAUUCAUCUACCUGCAUGUGCUGCUGCAGUCGACGAUGAGCCUGAUCAAUCGGCCACAGCUGCUGCGGCGCUUCGAGUCGAGCUUUGUCGCGGCGCCGACGAAGCUGGCAUCCAUAGCCGCGCAUGCGUCGUCGACGAUUGUGAGCAUCCUGCGCUUCGCCGAGGACGCGCGGCACGACCGCGCCGAUCGGCUAGAGGACGGCAGCCGGCGCGACUUCAACCAGUUCCUCGAUACGAGCCCGUACCUGGACCAGCUCAUCCUUCCGUGCGGCCGCGCUUUCCUCGCCGAGCGCCAGGACGUGCGCGACGCACUGCGCCGCCUUGGCUACACGCCCGCCAGCGCCUCGCGCCCGCAGUCGCGCGAGGGCGUCGACGCCGCGUGGGGCCCGCUGCACUCGAGUCGACAGUACGCCGAGGCGAACCUCGCCAGCUGCCAGCUCGUCCUUAACCGCCUUGCGACGUACUGGGGCGGCGCGGCCUGGCCGGCGCGCGCCCUCGAGCAGGAGUCGGCCGGCGCCACGGAGGACGUCGACCCUGACGCCCGCGACGAGGACGCCCAGCCGGCGCCCGUGCGCGACCUUGAGAUGGUGCUGCGCUGGGCCCGCGCCCGUGCCCGCGUCAAGCGUGCCCGGGCUGCCACCCAGACGCCUGGCCAGUCGCGCCGUGGCUCCGUCGCCGGCGGCGCCGAGCCCGAUGCCGGCGACGCCCACGCGCCUGCGCUCCUCGCCGGCGGCGGCGACACAAACAGCGACGGGCCGUCGCCGCUCGGCCUCGGCUUCUCGGGCACCUUCGGCAGCGACAUUGACGUCGAGGCGCUCAUCUCCGCUUGGGCCUCAGAGAACACGGGCGGCGGCAUCGGCCUCGGCCAGGCGCAGGCGCUCGCGCCGCACUGGCAGCAGCAGCAGCAAGGUGCGGCCGCCUUGGCGCCGCCCGGCGCGCUGCCCAACUUUGCCUUCAACGUCGCCGGCGGCAGCCCGUUCGACCUCGGCGCCAUGCAGCUCGAGGAGCUCUUCUCCGACGAGGUCUUUCCCGUCGACCUGCUCGAGGGCGACGGCGACGCUGCGCCGCCCGCGCUUCUCAACGCCUUCUUCCCGCGCGUCAGCGGGCCGCCGCCGGGCCUGCCGCCGCAUGCCCAGGCCGCACAGCACCACGCUCUGCACCCGGCGUAUCCGCCGCCGUAGCCCUACAUCCCCCACUCAUCCGUCUCCCGUGUCACGCAUGUCCGUACAGUGAAAUGCAUAUCACCCCGUGUACAG